AAACGUCAUUCCCGUAAAUUCCCAUUCGUCUGUCGAAGAAAUGGCUGAAUUGUUGUUUGUGCCGUUUAAAAAGUCUUCGGACGUUGAUAUUGUAAAACCUUUGAAGAAUUUAAUACAAUCUACUUACAACAGUGGCGAGAACACAGAAGAUUAUACCGAUGCCUUAAAUGAACUGAGCCGGUUGCGUACCAACGCAGUUUGGAAAGUCUUCGAGAAAACCUCUCUUGACACUAUUUACAGUUACUAUGAUCAACUGGUGGCCCUUGAGAGCAAGAUUCCUCCUCAAGAAGUUCAAAUUCCAUUCAAAUGGAAGGAUGCAUUUGACAAGGGUUCUAUCUUUGGAGGCAGGAUGAGUCUCACAAUCAGUUCAUUGGAAUAUGAAAGAAUGUGCAUCUUAUUCAACAUAGCAGCUAUGCAGAGCAUGAUUGCAGCUCAGGAACCUCUCGACACUGAGGAUUCACUCAAGCUAGCUGCCAAAUAUUUUCAGCAAUCAGCUGGCAUCUUUGUGUACCUGAAGGCGAACAUCAUGAUGGCAGUUCACCAGGAAACCACACCAGAUUUGAACCCUGAAACGCUGGAUGCACUGGCCAAACUAAUGCUCGCACAGGCACAGGAGGUUAUCGCCCACAAAUGCAUUAGAGAUGAGAUGAAGGAGAGCAUGGUGGCGAAGGUGUGCGCGCAGUGCGAGGAGUUGUACGUGGACGCGCUGCGGGCCAUGCUCAAGGAGAACCCCAAGUCGCUCUGGGAAAAGGACUGGAUACCAAAUGUUCAAGCGAAGCAGAUGGCGUUCCGCGGCCUGGCGCAGUACUACCAGAGCCUGGUGUGCCGCGCCAACAAGGCCGUGGGCGAGGAGAUCGCCAGACUACAAUUCGCAGUAGAUCAGCUGAAGGGUGCCCAGUCGCGGCUGUCGCCCAGCUACCUGCAGGAGCAGGCGUCGAAGGCAGCGCGCAACCUUCAAGAGGCGAUGAAGGACAACGACUUCAUCUACCACGAGCGCAUCCCGGACCUCAAGCAGCUGGAGCUCAUCUCCAAGGCGGCCAUCGCUAAACCUUUGCCUCCACAAGAGAAGUGGGGCUCGGGGGGGAAAGAUCUGUUCGCUGGGCUGGUCCCGCUGGCGGUGCACCACGCGGCGGCGGCCAGCAGCGCGCGCCGCGCCGAGCUGGUCUCCGCCGAGGUCGCCAAGCUGCGGGACGCCACGCAGCUGCUCAACAGCAUCCUGGCGUCGCUGAACCUGCCGGCGUGCAUCGAGUCGUGCGACGAGGAGGGCUCGCUGCCGGAGUCCAUCCGCAGCAAGGCGCGCGCCGUGCGGGACGCGGGCGGCCUGCACGAGCUGCAGCGCCUCAUGGCCGAGCUGCCGGACCUGCUGCAGAGGAACAAGGACAUACUCGACGAGGCGGAGCGCAUGCUGCGGGAGGAGGCGGAGGCGGACGCGGCGCUGCGGCAACAGUUCGGGGCCCGCUGGACGCGCACGCCCUCCGCCGCGCUCACCGAGGCCUUCCGCGCCAACGCGGACAAGUACCGGCAGAUCAUCGACAACGCCGUGCGCGCCGACAACAUCGUGCAGCAGAAGUACCAGCAGCACAAGGACAACAUAGCGCUGCUGAGCGGCAGCGAGGGCGACAUCACGGCGGGGGUGCCCUCCGCGCCCGCCGCCGGGCCCGCCGACACGCGCGCCCUCUCCACGCUGCGCGGCCUCAUGGAGGAGGUGGAGAGGCUGAAGGCGGAGCGGGACAGCAUCGAGUGCUCGCUGAAGGACGCGAGCGUGGACCUGCGGGCGCAGUUCCUGGCGGCGCUGAGCGCGGACGGCGCCAUCGACGAGCCCGCGCUGUCCGCCGCCGCGCUGGGCCGCGCGCUGGGCCCGCUGCAGGCGCAGCUCGCCGCCUCGCUCGCCGCGCAGGACGACCUCGUGGCGCGCAUACAGAAAGCACACGGCAGCCUGGAGUCUGGCGGCGGGGGCGCGGGCGGGAGGGACGCGGUGCUGGGCCGCCUGGCCGCCGCCUACGACGCCUUCCAGGACCUCACCGGCAACCUCAGGGAGGGGGUCAAGUUCUACAACGACCUCACGCAGCUGCUGGUCGCCUUCCAAAACAAAGUAUCGGACUUCUGUUUCGCUCGUAAGACUGAGAAGGAGGAGCUCCUCAAGGACCUCACCCAGGAGGCCUCCCGCCCCGCGACCAGGCCCGCCCCGAGCCCGCCGCAACACCACACCGACGCCGUGGCCGAGCCGUCGGUCGUGAAAAAGGAGGCUCCACCUCGCCCUCCCCCCCCGGCCGCCGCGCAGCCCGCCGCCCUGCCCUACCCGUCGCAGCCGCAAGGGAUGCCGCUGCCGUACGGCGCGCCCGCGGCCCCGUACCCGUACUACGCGCCCGUGCCCGCCAUGUACAACCCGUACGCCACGCUGCCCUACCCGCACCACGCGCGCAUGCCGCAGCAGCAGUACCAGCCCUACCAGUACCCGCCGCCGCAGCAGCCCUACCAGGCGCCGCCGCCCGGGUACAACCCCUACCCGCAGCAGUAGGCCCCACCCCCUCAACGCAACACAACAUAUGUUCAUUCAUAUAAGCAUUAUACAUUUGAAGACGUGAUGUUGAAUGGUCAUCAAAGCUCGUGGACAUCAGCAAACGAUCCAAAGAAAGUCAUCCAAAAAUGUUGUAUCGUGCGAGUUCAGAGAGCACACUACAUCCCUGCGGCCCCGCGGAGCAGUCACGUGACCGUCGCCCGAUCAGACGGCUAAUUGUAACUCGUAUUACUGUCCAAUUCAAUUAAAGCAAAUUAAAGAAGAUACAUUUAAAAAAACAUACCCCAAACAAAUUACGGAAUAUACGUUCACAGCUGGUUUGACUGCAUAAAUACAUGAUAAAACAUUAUAGCUUUUUAUAAAACCAUUAUCGCUGGCAUGAAACCAGACU